GGUUGGUCAAUUUUUAUCAGGCGAAUAUUGCACCUGUCGCUUCUUAGUUACCUGAAUAUUGAAAGUAUUUUUUUUCUUCUAAGUUAAGAAUCUAGGUUUGUUACGGUCUCUGAAUUUAAAAUGAGACCAAAUGCUAUUGAAAGAUGUUUUUUAGUGUUUUGGACGUUGUUACUUUGCGUCUACGAUGGCGAUGCAACUUUGAAAACAACCUUUGUUGAAGAUGUUUGUUCGUAUAAAAACACGUUCACCUUCGAUUUGAAGUACCAAAACGCAGGCAUUUUAAUGUCUGCACCACAUGCAAGUUCCAGCGAUUGCAGGAUUACACUUUCCCCUCGCUAUAGACACAGUGUUGUUUUGAGUAUUUACAGAUAUGACUUAUCGCCCGAGGAUCAACUUAUAAUUGAAGAUGCAGAUCACCAUAAAAUAGGUCUGAUUGGAUGGGCUCAGUUCCCCAGUGAGAAGAAAGCUGUUAUAUCUGAAGGAUACAUUGCCAUCCACUUCAAAAUAAACAACACAAACGUGCCUGAUUUAAAACGUGGUUUCCAAUUUACCUUUACAGAAGUACAUGAUAUUCCCUGUGCGUCAAACGAAUUUCAGUGCAAAAAUAACAAGUGUAUUCCAAAUCGUUUGCUUUGCAAUGGACACAAUCAUUGCGGUGACAAUAGCGACAAUGAAAAUUGUGUUCCUAAGGGUCGCUUUGAAGAGCAGCCACCCGUUACGCAUGACACAUAUUUAAGUAAAGUGAUGAUUAUAUCCAUCGGGGUUGCCGCAGCCAUCCUUUUAAUAAUCGUCGUCGUUUUCGUCGUAGUCUUGGCUCGCAACAGGCAGAAAAGACCAGUCGCUGCUGAUAACACAGAUGCUUCAAAUAACACGAACACCAAUAACAAUCUUCAGUCUGUCUCGGCCACUGUACCGAGCAGUACAGAUCAUACUUUGAGCAACAAUGUCCAACCUGAAGUUAAUGUUGGUAGUCCGCAGUUUCAGUCUCCGAAUUCGUUCUUUAAUCACGUUCGCCGAUCUUUACGCGGGCUCAGAGCCCCGAAGAAAGAGAACAUGCCUCUUGAAGAAAGAAAGCCAGAAACCUACCAAGUGCCAUCAAUGUAUCCAAAUCUAGAUCAGCUACCAUCAGCACCAACAAUGGAAGGCAUUGAAAAUGCAAAUUUUCAUAUUGAGGAAUGAGGAUUUUUAACUCAAGGAUUUUAUGGAUUUUUAUUAAAGAAUACAAAAUGUAUAUUUCGAUGAUAAUUUUUCGUUGUGUAAGAUAAUUAAAGAAUUUCUU